AUGAACAGCUUAUUCUCGCGACUUCCGGCUAAUAUCUACGUGUUCGUUUAUGCCGACGAUAUCCUGCUCGUGGUCAUAGCCAGCUCCCCCGGACUAGCCCGGCGCAAGAUCCAAGGUGCGGUAAACGCUGUCGCAAAAUGGACUGAAUCUGUGGGUUUUACCCUCUCGGCAGUCAAGAGUGUCAGAGGGCAUGUCUGCCGCUACAAACACCAGCUUGGGAGCCCUGCCAUUUCAAUUAAUGGAGACAGAAUCCCCAACAAGAAGAUCGUCAGGGUCCUUGGAGUUUCCAUUGACCGAAACCUGAAAUUCAGGGAACACUUCAACAGCGUAAAAGCCAGCUGCAAAACCCGAGUUAACCUGAUCAAGACAAUCUCUAAACCCCACCGGUCCAACAAUCGUGACCUCAGGCUACGAGUGGCAAAAGCUUUGAUUGAUAGCCGACUCUUCUACGGUUUAGAGCUAACCUGCAUCUCGCGUGAACUUCUCUGUGAUAUUCUGGAGUCGACCCACAAUGGAUACAUUAGGACCAUUUCCGGAUUGCUACCGUCAACCCCCGCAUUCUCAGCGUGUGCGGAGAUAGGCACUCUUCCUUUCCGCAUGUUGCUCUUCAAAACGCUUUGUCAAAAGGCCGCCACCAUCGCGGCGAAAACUUCCGGCUCGGAAAGGACUUUCCUGCUUGAAGAAUGCGAUAGGAUACUUCGCAUAACCACCAAAGCCAACCUCCCUCCGGUAGCCAAGGUCCAUUGGAACGGACCCAUCAGCUGGCAGAACCCAGUCAUCCACGUCGAAAACAGCAUUAAGAACAGUUUCCGUAAAGGAAGCGAAUCAGCCGCCCUCCAGUCGGCGGUGCGCGAACUCGUCGGGUCUCGCUAUCCCUACCACAAUGUCAGGUAUACGGAUGGAUCCCUCUCCAGUAGGGGAGUUGGAAUUGGCGUUUUUGGACCGGAACUAGAUGUCAGCCAAAGCCUGGCCCCGGAGUGCUCGGUGUUCUCCGCCGAAGCUGCGGCAAUCUUCACUGCUAUCACUACUCCUUCUUCCAAACCGAUCCUUGUCCUGACCGAUUCCGCUAGCGUUCUGGCCGCUCUUGGAUCGGACAAACCGAAGCACCCCUGGAUACAGGGCAUAAUUGCGGCCAUCCAAACCGACACGACGCUCGCCUGGAUACCCGGACAUUGCAAAAUUGCUGGAAACGAAGCAGCCGACCGUUUAGCCGGAGUCGGACAUGAGGGACAGCGGUUCACCAGCACUGUCCCACUAGAUGACGUCAAAAAAUGGAUCCUUCGUGCGGUCUGGAAUCACUGGGCGGCAUUAUGGAACCAAAGCAGAAACCAGCAACUGCGGAAGAUAAAAGAUACGGUCUCGAAAUGGACUGACCUCCAGUCCCUCCGGGACCAGAAGAAGAUUUCCCGUCUCAGGACUGGACAUGCCCGAUUCGCCUACAAUUUCGGACAUGGCCCUUUCCGGAUCAACUGCGACAUCUGCGGCGUCCAGAACUCCGUCGAGCACGUCAUCUGCAACUGUCCCCAAUACAACUACCCUCGGGAAACCUACGGAAUCUCUACCAGCAUCCGAAACGCUCUUGGAGAUGAUGCUGCUACGAUUGGGGCACUGCUGGUGUUCCUCAAGGAAGCCGGCCUAUAUCACCAGAUUUAG